AAGAAAGUGCUAAAGCAAAGGUUAUGACGGACGUUAUAACCGAAAGUUGGUUGUAUUACGUGUUAGUGGUCCUGAUGUUGAUACCAGUUUAUAUGUUGUUUACACUCUUGAAGUUUUUCGGUUGGAAAUUGUUUGUUAACAAUUAAUCCCUAUCACAGACAACGUCACACACACCCAUC